AUGCUCCUCCCCGUUCCGCCCUCCCACGACCAUUCGUCUCAUCUCCCCCAGCCAUCCCACCUCCUCCCCCCCAGCCAUCCCACCUCCUCCCCCCCAGCCAUCCCACCUCCUCCCCAUUCCGCCCUCCCACGGCAUUCACCUCAUCUCCCCCAGCCAUCCCACCUCCUCCCCGUUCCCCCCUCCCACGGCCAUUCGUCUCAUCUCCCCCAGCCAUCCCACCUCCUCCCCCCCCAGCCAUCCCACCUCCUCCCCAUUCCGCCCUCCCACGGCAUUCACCUCAUCUCCCCCAGCCAUCCCUCCUCCUCUCCCCAGCCAUCCCACCUCCUCCCCCCCAGCCAUCCCACCUCCUCCCCAUUCCGCCCUCCCACGCCAUUCACCUCAUCUCCCCCAGCCAUCCCUCCUCCUCUCCCCAGCCAUCCCACCUCCUCCCCCCCAGCCAUCCCACCUCCUCCCCAUUCCGCCCUCCCACGCCAUUCACCUCAUCUCCCCCAGCCAUCCCACCUCCUCCCCAUUCCGCCCUCCCACGCCAUUCACCUCAUCUCCCCCAGCCACCCCUCCUCCUCCCCAUUCCGCCCUCCCACGCCAUUCACCUCAUCUCCCCCAGCCCUCCCACCUCCUCCCCAUUCCGCCCUCCCACGCCAUUCACCUCAUCUCCCCCAGCCCUCCCACCUCCUCCCCAUUCCGCCCUCCCACGCCAUUCACCUCAUCUCCCCCAGCCCUCCCACCUCCUCCCCAUUCCGCCCUCCCACGCCGUUCACCUCAUCCCACCUCCUCCCCAUUCCGCCCUCCCACGGCCAUUCACCUCAUCUCCCCCAGCCACCCCUCCUCCUCCCCAUUCCGCCCUCCCACGCCAUUCACCUCAUCUCCCCCAGCCCUCCCACCUCCUCCCCAUUCCGCCCUCCCACGCCAUUCACCUCAUCUUCCCCAGCCCUCCCACCUCCUCCCCAUUCCGCCCUCCCACGCCGUUCACCUCAUCCCACCUCCUCCCCAUUCCGCCCUCCCACGGCCAUUCACCUCAUCUCCCCCAGCCAUCCCUCCUCCUCCCCAUUCCGCCCUCCCACGGCCAUUCACCUCAUCUCCCCCAGCCAUCCCUCCUCCUCCCCAUGCCGCCCUCCCACAGCAAUUCAUUUCAUCUCCCCUAGCCACCCCACCUCCUCCCCAUUCCGCUCUCCCACCGCCAUUCGUCUCAUCUCCCACAGCCAUCCCACCUCCUCCCCAUUCCGCCCUCCCGGCAUUCAUCCCAUCCUCCCUCCUCCCCAUUCCCCCAUCCCCCCACUCAUCCCAUCUUCCCCCAGCCCAUCCCACCUCCUCAUUCCGCCCUCCCCCCACCCAUUCAUCCCAUCUUCCCCCACUCCACCCCACCUCCUCCGCAUUCUGCCCUUCCCCAUAACGAACAAGAGCGUUAGCAACAAUUCAACAAUCAGCAGCAGCAGAGACAACAUCGGCAGCAGCAGAGACAACAUCGACAGCAGCAGAAACAACAUCGGCAGCAGCAGAGACAACAUCGACAGCAGCAGAAACAACAUCGGCAGCAGCAGAGACAACAUCGACAGCAGCAGAAACAACAUCGACAGCAACAGCAAGAACAACACCGGCAACAGAAACAACAACGACGCCAAUCGUUGGGUGUAG